AGUAGAGACCAUGCGCACCUCGAUUACCGAGAGGGCUAAGUUUUGAGUAGAGACCAUGCGCACCUCGAUUACCGAGAGGGCUAAGGUUUGAGUAGAGACCAUGCGCACCUCGAUUACCGAGAGGGCUAAGUUUUGAGUAGAGACCAUGCGCACCUCGAUUACCGAGAGGGCUAAGGUUUGAGUAGAGACCAUGCGCACCUCGAUUACCGAGAGGGCUAAAGUUUGAGUAGGGACCAUGCGCACCUCGAUUACCGAGAGGGCUAAGGUUUGAGUAGAGACCAUGCAUUCCUCGGUUGUUGAAUUCCUAACCAAACCACAUGGAGCAUUGGCUACACUGGUGGAAAUGGUUAAACUCAGACUAUCGAUAUCGACAGAAUAAGAGCAAAUCUUCGAUACUAAUUACUAUUCUGCAGCUAGAAAUUAUGUCGAUUGAAUGCGAAGACUGACAACCACCGAAACAUCUAUUCUAUAAGAACAUUUCUGAAUGGGACUCUGAAGUGUCCAUUCUAACCACGAAAGACUCCAGGGACGCAAAGAGAAGUUCAGAUGAACUUUCCAACAGAAAGACGGACGAUUCCAACAGAGAUCAUGACGACACAGAUGGAGUGGCAGCCGGACGAACAGGGACUCCAGCAGGUCCUCCAGCUCCUCAAGGACUCCCAGUCCCCCAACACGGCCACACAGCGAGCCGUGCAACAAAAACUUGAACAGCUCAACCAGUUCCCUGACUUCAACAACUAUCUAAUCUUUGUGCUCACAAGACUGAAAACUGAAGAUGAACCCACUCGUUCUCUGAGUGGUCUGAUCCUGAAGAACAAUGUGAAGGCCCACUACCAGAACUUCCCUCCGGCCGUGGCUGACUUCAUCAAGCAGGAAUGCCUCAACAACAUAGGCGACCCGUCGCCCCUCAUCCGCGCCACCAUCGGUAUCCUGAUCACCACGAUCACUUCUAAAGGGGAGCUGCAGACCUGGCCAGAGCUGCUGCCCCAGCUGUGUAACCUGCUCAACUCUGAGGACUACAACACCUGCGAGGGCUCGUUUGGCGCCCUGCAGAAGAUCUGCGAGGACUCGUCGGAGCUGUUGGAGAGCGAUGCACUCAACCGUCCGCUAAACAUCAUGAUCCCCAAGUUCCUGCAGUUCUUCAAGCACUGCAGCCCUAAGAUCAGAUCUCAUGCCAUCGCCUGUGUGAACCAGUUCAUCAUCGGCAGAGCCCAGGCCCUGAUGGACAACAUCGACACCUUCAUCGAGAGCCUGUUUGCGCUGGCUACAGACGAGGACUCCGAGGUGAGGAAGAACGUGUGCCGGGCUCUGGUCAUGCUGCUGGAGGUCCGUAUCGACCGGCUAAUCCCUCACAUGCACAGCAUCAUACAGUACAUGCUGCAGCGCACACAGGACCCGGAUGAGAACGUUUCUCUGGAGGCCUGUGAGUUCUGGCUCACCCUGGCUGAGCAGCCCAUCUGCAAGGAGGUGCUCUCUGGACACCUGGUGCAGCUCAUUCCUAUCCUGGUGAACGGCAUGAAGUACUCUGAGAUAGACAUUAUCCUGCUGAAGGGUGAUGUGGAGGAGGACGAGGCUGUGCCGGACAGUGAGCAGGACAUCAAGCCCCGCUUCCACAAGUCUCGCACCGUCACCCUGCAGCACGAGGGAGGAGAGGGCGAGGAGGGAGAGGACGUCGACGAAGACGACGACGAUGAUGACGAUACAUUAUCUGACUGGAACCUACGCAAGUGUUCUGCGGCGGCGCUGGAUGUGCUGGCCAAUGUGUUCCGAGACGAGCUGCUGCCUCACCUGCUGCCCCUGCUCAAGGGCCUUCUCUUCUCCCCUGACUGGGUCAUAAAGGAGUCUGGCAUCCUGGUGCUGGGCGCCAUCGCUGAGGGCUGUAUGCAGGGCAUGGUGCCCUACCUUCCGGAGCUCCUCCCCCACCUCAUUGCGUGCCUGUGUGACAAGAAGGCCCUGGUGCGCUCCAUCGCCUGCUGGACCCUGUCCCGCUACGCCCACUGGGUGGUCAGCCAGCCCCCAGACUCCCACCUCAAACCCCUGAUGACCGAGCUGCUCAAGAGGAUACUGGACGGCAACAAGAGGGUGCAGGAGGCCGCCUGCAGUGCGUUUGCCACCCUGGAGGAGGAGGCGUGUACAGAGCUGGUGCCCUACCUCAGCUUCAUCCUGGACACGCUGGUGUUCGCCUUCGGCAAGUACCAGCACAAGAACCUGCUCAUCCUCUACGACGCCAUCGGAACGCUCGCCGACUCCGUAGGACACCACCUCAACCAGCCUGAGUACAUCCAGAAGCUGAUGCCUCCCCUCAUUGCCAAAUGGAAUGAGCUGAAGGAUGAGGACAAGGAUCUCUUUCCACUUCUGGAGUGUCUGUCGUCGGUGGCCACGGCCCUGCAAAGUGGCUUCCUGCCCUACUGUGAGCCUGUCUACCAGCGCUGUGUAACCCUGGUCCAGAAGACCCUCGCUCAGGCCAUGAUGUACAACCAGCACCCUGACCAGUACGAAGCCCCUGACAAGGACUUCAUGAUUGUGGCCCUGGACCUGCUGAGUGGCCUGGCCGAGGGCUUGGGGGCCAGUGUGGACCAGCUGGUGGCCCGCAGCAACAUCAUGACCCUGCUCUUCCAGUGCAUGCAGGACCCUAUGCCAGAGGUGAGACAGAGCUCCUUUGCCCUGCUGGGUGACCUGACCAAGGCCUGCUUCCCUCAUGUCAAACCCUGCAUUGCUGAGUUCAUGCCGAUCCUGGGCCUGAACCUGAACCCAGAGUUCAUCUCUGUGUGUAACAACGCUACUUGGGCCAUUGGCGAGAUCGCCAUGCAGAUGGGAUCAGACAUGCAACCCUAUGUUGGGCUGGUCCUCAACAACCUGGUGGAGAUCAUCAACAGACCUAACACACCCAAGACCCUCCUGGAGAAUACAGCCAUUACGAUCGGCAGGCUGGGCUACGUGUGUCCACAGGAGGUGUCUCCCAUGCUGCAACAGUUUAUCAGACCCUGGUGCACAUCGUUGAGGAACAUCAGGGACAAUGAGGAGAAAGACUCUGCGUUCCGUGGAAUCUGCAUGAUGAUUGGAGUCAACCCUGCUGGAGUGGUUCAGGACUUCAUUUUCUUCUGUGAUGCUGUGGCCUCCUGGGUUAGUCCUAAGGACGAUCUGAGGGACAUGUUCUACAAGAUCCUCCAUGGCUUCAAGGACCAGGUGGGCGAGGAGAACUGGCAGCAGUUCUCAGAACAAUUCCCCCCUCUGCUGAAGGAGAGGCUGUCGGCCUGCUAUGGCGUGUAGUUCCCCUCGCCGACACAGGACACGCCUGUCAGGUUUAAUCUACGGGAGGGUUACUGGGGGAACUCAUCCAUCUGUGUUACUGCACUGCCCUGAUCGUGGGGGCAGGAGGAGAGGGACUGGCCCUGGCUCCUGUCCAUUCAGACUACAAGUCCCACGACCCUGUGUGUCUCUGUGAGGGUGGGUGGGAGGGAGGGUUACUGGGAGGGAAACUGGGGAGAAAGCCUCUGGAUUUCAAACGCCAAACUUAAAUCCGACGACAUACUCCGAUGUAACCAAAGCCACAGGGUUCUGUAAGAGGGGGAGGGAGGGUAGGAUAAGCAUAUGCAGGGGUCGGCUGCGAACGGCUUAAAUCCAUUCGAUAACUCUUUAGAUACCAAGGUUAGAGGAGAGCUGUGGUGGGAGGGCGGGCGGGGUGGCAGCAACCCCGGAAUAAGUAAAUUAAGGAGAAAUCUAAAAACCAGCCCAGGAGCCACAGUUUAAAAACACAACUCACAUAAUAUGUAGACUGGCACACUUAGACUUAGUUCCGGAAGCGAAGGUAGUUGCCUUGGCCCGAAAGACCAAUCAGUGCACAAGCACUUUGCAUACAUUCUACAAUAGUCAUUUGAUAAUCUAUACAAAGGCUGUGGGUGGGAUACCGAAGUAGCGCUAAUGUUUUAUGAUAGCUUCCCGAAGGCUAGCCUCAGAAGGGAAAGCAUGAAAUGCUUUUCAACGUAAUAACGGGGAGAGUUCUAGAAGAGUAAUUUGCACCUUUACUACUCAAGCUUUCAUAGACAGUACAGUACCAUACCUGUUCAUAUUGGGACUUCUCUAUUAAACACGGGUAUAUUUAGACAGUUUUUCUUCCUUUUCCCACGUUUGCUGAAUUCAUUUUACUUUUUGAGAAAUACUAAUUUAAAUGUAGUCUUUUUUUUCCUUUCAUAGUUUUACUACAACAGACAGACACAAUCCUACCAGGAAUCAUUUUACUGUAGUGCUGACAAAGGUCAUUUUUCCAAUAAGGGAUUGAUUGGUUUGCAUGGCAAUGAUAACCUCUUAAGUGACGUGUGUGCGUAUGUCAUUGUUACAAGUAGAUUUUUACCUUUAGAAACAAUGGUAGUCAGCUUAUUGUUCUAAGGUAACAACACCAGGUUAUUUAGCCACCCCAUCGUACUUAUUCUGUGACCAGCCCUCCCCGUCGCCAGACCUAACAAACAGGACGGGUGGGUUUCUAUAGUGUCGAGAUCCAGCGAUGCCAUAGUUCAGAGACGCAAGAUUCAAUCGAUCUUAUAGAAGAUGGAAGAAUCACAUCCCUGCAACCAGUUAUACUGUAGUAAAAAUCAUAAUCCGUUUUGCUGCUACUUUUGUUUUUAUAGUUUUUACAAUGGACUUGAGCAUUAAGGCUUCAGGAAGAACUUUAGAAUAAAUCAGUUGCUGGUUCGAAUUGAAAUUAUGCACUUGUUUUUUUUACGACUGUUAUGGCUUGCUGAAGUAAGACACGAUAUAAAUAAGAUAUUGUAUAAGCAAUGGUCAAAAUGAGAAUUUUAGGUUAAGGCUAAUGCCUCCGUUCAUAUGCUUGGUUUAAAAGUAAGGCAUGCAAUCAGAUGGAUGGAAAAGAUUUAAAGGGUCAAUCAGCAUUUUGAACAAUACCAAACGGCUAAUCCGCCACUGAUUUGGUAAACAGCUGAGGGAUGAGGCUGGAGAAAUGUAACGACGCUCAGCCUCAUGGACAGAGUAAUGGAUACAGGGACUGACUGUCCAUGGUAUCAAGAUGAUCGUUUUAACCGUGUUUUGAGGCUAUACAGUGUUUGUAUACGUUUUUAUUAACAAACGGGACUAAAAAGCUCAUUUUGGGUUCUGGUGGUGUUUGACAGUUGAGCUAAACGCAUUAGGCAUAUGUUAUAUUCAAGAAUCAAUGGGUAUGAUUUCAUUUGAAAGCCCUUUUAAAGGGGAAGGACUGACCAACAUCAAGUAUUUUGGAUCAAAUGUACUUCCCACCAGUGUUUCCAGACAGUCCAACAGAAAAUGUACCAGCCUUUUCUACGUGAGCAGAAUGAUGAGUAUGUAGUGGAGAAUGCAAUGAGUCCACGAAGAUGGAAAAAGACCUUGACGAGUCGGUCGGCUAUCAUAAUAAUACAUAAUACAUAUCUCGUCCAUGGUCCCGAACAACCUUGAGUUGCAUGCUUUUCCAUAAUCGCUUUAUUUGACUAUCAUCUCAUUAAAGGCGGAUACAUGCCCUUCUAGGGGGACGUCUUUAAGAGCUUCAUCAAAUGCAACGCACCCACGCAUGCUGUGAUAAUAAAAGUGGGCAGCUAUCUUUAGUAGAAGUACUUAAAGUCCAGGUUAAACUGGCUCUAGUCCAGUUGGUGGUGGCUGUUUUCCUCAACCCGUGGAUACUGUGUAGGAUAUGUCUGGGUAUUAUUAUACUGAUCCUAAUCUCUCUGUUUCCCCCUGAGAUUGGAUACAUUAACAUUCGUGAGGGAGUGAUUGUCUUGUAUUUUGUCGAUGUCUGGAGCUCUGUCACGUCGGACUAUUUCGUUGAGUGUCUGUAUUUUACUGUAAGCGUGUGUGCCGUUUAGACUUAACUUUGUACCGGCCCUCCCACAAGGUGAUGGACAUGUAGCUCACACCUGAGAUAUUGGAGACACCCUGUGUAUCAUCAACACUUGUCAUAUUUUACCAUCUCCGUUUGUGAUUGCCAGUCGUACAUCAGUUCUCUUUCAGAGCUUAGCUAAGAUUUAGCGAGUCAAUUAAACUAUGGACAUCUUUAUCUUACGCCGCACAAUGAAAAUAGAUAUUCAAAAUGUGAAGAAAACACUGCCUUAAGCGUCAGGCGUACCUAUGAAAAUGCAAUUUCAAGUAAGCUGUAUACAAUGUGUUUAUCCAUAUAACAUGGAUUUUAACACCAACCCACUUGUACAUAAGUGGUUGAUUGGACAGUAUUUUGAAUCUUUACACACUUUUGUAAACCGCUUCCACCCUUAGAGGGUGACACUUUAAUCAUAUCCUAAAGGGGUAAACUGAUAUGCAAGUGUUGGUGGGUGGGUGUCUGGUCCGCCAAGGUUGAGAGUAGGAUAGGUGUGCACAGAGAUACUGGCUAAUUGCCACAGUCUUUGCACAAUGCUCCCAAUGUGACACUGGGUCCUAUCAGGAAGAAUUGGCUAAAAAUGUUGAGCGGUGUUAAAUCUCCUCUUAAAUCGUAGUAGCGAAACAUUGAUCUCAAAACCAUCUAUACUUCUCAAGUUUAACAGUUUUCCACAAGUAGAGGCAUUUUACUUUUUUUCCAAGGCUAAUGAGAUGUUCAUUUUGUUUUUUUAUUUAUGUUCAUUUUUAUUUUAAAUGACCGUUAUUUUUUUAUAUUUUUGUUUUUGUGCAGAAGAAGCGCACAAAGUUUUUUUAGACUUUAAAAGUUUUUUCCCCCUGUAAUGUUCUUUUUAUUUAAAGAAUUUUUUUGUUUUCGUUGUUUUAUAGCGGACCAUUUGAUUUUGUCAAGUUUAAUGUAAAGUGGUAGUACUGAGAGGGGGAGACAGAGCGUGGUGCAUACCUGGGGAAAGAAGGGAAGAAUUGUGAAACUCCUGUAUUUUUGUUUCAAUCUAGAUAUGAGCCUUGAGGAAUGAAUUUGAUGUAGUACUGGUAUUUUUUUCCUCAACUGUGGUGCAGGUGGGAUGUUAACUGAUGUAUCACUUUCUAGUUUACUUUUGAGAAUGGGGAAAUAAAAGGUUUUCUAUCAAGCUGGGAAUAAA